AUGAACGCGGUCAGCAUUGGGGAGUAUCAUGGGCUACGGGUGGGCUCGGCCCUGCUCAGCAUUGUAGCAGGCUGUAUCAUUAUUGGUGUGUCAAAGGAUUGUGAUGCAGAUGCAGUGGGGGGCAUCUUCUUGGGAGCAGGGGGACUUGGUCUCCUCAUUUCAGUCUACCCGUUUAUAAGAGCAUGGUUUAAUUUCCAUCACAUACUACCCAAUAUAGGUAACUUCAGAGUUCACCCAAUGGCUACAAAUUUAAAUCCAGCCGCAGAACAGCCCGUGGCUACACUCACACGAGAAGGGACUCAAAGCCAGCUGAAUGUAGAGCGUUCAAAGAGCCGGAUGGGGACGUUUGUUGAGAUUGCCCCUACAGCAGCUGAGGGUCCACAGGAUGAUGGGCCUUCUACAGAUGUUCCAGAUAUCCUGGGCAGGCGGAAGUUCAAGUCUCCAUCUUCUGACCAAGACCUCUCAUAAUAGUUGGAUCCGACAUGUUGUCAAGACCAAACAGCGUUCAUAUCACCAUAAGUGAGACUGAUCUCGGCUUACAGCUCAUUACAGUAUCCAGUUUAAUUCCACUGUCAUAUCUGACAAGGUGUCUGCUAAUAUUAAAACAAUGCAUGAUGAAAGGCACGAAACUGCACUGUAAAAACAUCUUGGUGGUGGGUAAACUAAAAAUAUUACUUCAAUUGAUAUCAUUCUGUUGAGUCAU